CAAGCCAAAAUCCUGUGAGCCCCUCUCGCACCCAGCCACCUCUCCCUCGCUGUCACUGUAGCAGACUCGAAAAUCUUGAGAAAAAGAGACAAAGCCUAACAAGAAAGACGGUAACAGCAUUGUGUGCUGACUCGCCCUACCUUGUUUACUUACGCUUUAACCUGCGUUGACUGCUCUUUGUCGUGUUGCACGACUUUUCGUGCCCGUCAGCUGAGCGCCAAGACCAAGAGAUCGAAAGCAUCGCUCCCACGGCCAGCAUACUAGCCAGCAACUCUCUCUUCACCGGUGCCCCAGGCAGCCUCCGCAGCAUCAGCAACAACGAGGAGAGGAGACGCUCUCUUCCCCCCUCCCAUCCCCUUUCGUACUCGGAUGCUGAUGCUGCUCCGUGGCUGAAUCGGUGCCUGAAGUGUCAAUGGACUCCUCUCCCUGCGGAGCAACACCGCCUCAGUGAAGCAAUGCUGGAAACUGCUGCCAAACAUCUCCUGCUGUAAAAGACCUGCGCUCGCCAAUAAGACCCGGAACAGAACUACACGGAGCAGAGAGAGAGAGAGAGUGAAGAAGAAAAAGAAAGAAAGGCUGAUUUAUAUGUGAUUUAUAGGAAGAAGAAAAAGAAGAGAGUUGAAGAGGAAACUGCAGUGCAUUUUACGGCUCCCGUGGCUCCUUUUACUACUUCUUGACCAAGUUUUUUUCCCCAUUUUUGGUAAUAGUAACGGAUUGAGUGUUUGCAGUUGUUGCUUCCACUUGUUGUUUUUUUCUGGACUGAUCUGAGGUACAGCGCGAACGGACUUUCACGCCACCAGAAACAGUUGCACCAACCCAUCACCCGUUUUCCACCCGUGUACGCCCACCUGCCCCGUGGCCGAAAUGAUGAUGUACUUUUGGGGUAACCAGGAGGCCCCAGCCCCCCCAGAAGCAAUGGCUCAGCCGUACGCCCCUGCGCAGUAUCCUCCACCUCAGAACGGGUUGCCCGGCGAAUACACCCACCCCGGGCAGGACUACACAGGGCCCAGCCCGGUCCCAGAGCACGCGGCAGCCCUCACCAUCUACACACCAGCACAGACGCACAGCGAACCGCCUGGUACUGACAGCAGCACGCCUUCUCUCACAGGAACUAGCAGCUUACAACAAGCGGAUGACGUGGCGCAGACAGACAUCUCCCAGCAACUUCAGCUCCAGUCCUCAGACUCUUCGGAGAAGCAGCAGCCCAAGCGGUUACACGUCUCCAACAUUCCCUUCCGCUUCCGUGACCCAGACCUCCGGCAAAUGUUCGGGCAAUUUGGGAAAAUUUUGGACGUAGAAAUUAUUUUUAACGAGCGGGGCUCCAAGGGUUUUGGUUUUGUAACUUUCGAAACAAGCGCAGACGCAGACCGUGCACGGGAGAAACUAAACGGUACAAUCGUAGAGGGACGCAAAAUCGAGGUAAAUAAUGCAACGGCACGGGUAAUGACGAACAAAAAAGUGGCCAACCCAUAUACAAACGGCUGGAAGCUGAAUCCAGUGGUGGGAGCCGUCUAUGGUCCUGAAUUUUAUGCAGUGACAGGCUUUCCCUAUGCCACCGCAGGAGCGACUGUGGCUUACAGGGGCGCUCACUUGAGAGGCAGAGGACGCGCCGUCUACAACACGUUCCGCGCUGCGCCCCCACCACCUCCAAUUCCCACUUACGGAGCUGUGGUUUACCAAGAUGGCUUCUACGGUGCUGAAAUCUACGGUGGCUAUGCAGCAUACAGAUACGCCCAACCAGCCGCGGCAGCCGCAGCAGCCUACAGUGACAGCUAUGGCAGAGUCUAUGCAACAGCAGACCCUUAUCACCACACGAUUGGACCUGCAGCCACGUACAGCGUCGGCACUAUGGCUAGCCUAUACAGAGGAGGGUACAGUCGCUUCACACCCUACUAGAGAGAGAAUCAAUCCCCCGACAAAACAAACAAACAAACAAACAAAACAAAACAAACAACCCACCUCCACCUUCCCCAGGAAGCUAAAUAGAGCAAAAAGCCUCCAGGUCACGACCGACCUUUUCCCGAACAGUCCGUCAAUCUCUUGACAUUUAUGCGAAACCUCUUUAUAUAUCACGUGCAAUCUUGAGGUUACUCGGCAUUUCUGUUGCUUUAGUAUUGAUUUGAAUGUGUUUUGUUUGUAUUGAAAUGUGUGGUCUGGGAGGGGAGGGGCUGAGUGACAGAGAGGAAGGCGGGGCAGAUGGGCGCUGUCCAGUAAGUUUUCUCAUUUCGUCUCGGUUUAGAUUAAUGGGCAUGAGUUCAGCUGAUUUAUGUGGACAGGGAGAGGAAGUGAGUUUAUUUGCCUUGGUAAAUGGCACAGCAAUGAGCAUUUCGAGCAAAACAGCAGCGGUGUUAAUCUCACAGGCAUACAUAUAUUUACAGUCUUUGAAUUAAAAACCCCACGCGUCUGCUUAAACGCCCAGUGCUAUUUAUUAAAUAUAAAAAAAUGGAGGUUUGCAUACAGUAUGUUAUCUGAAAAUGAAUAAUAUAGCCUUACUAUUUUUUUCUAAGGGGAAAUAUGCAUACAAGCAUUUAUUUAUCAAGCUCCAGCUUGGAGUCUAUGAUUGUUUACUGAAAUUAUAUUAUAGUGGUAUUCAAACUGAUAAAUGGAUACUUUCAUUAAUACUCUUUUAAAGUGAUACUCAUUUAUAGUAUUUUUCUGUCACUCAAAGCCUCUGUCACACCCUCUUUUCCAUACUGUGUUAUACUAUAACUCAAUGAACAUUCAUAGCUGUAUGAUCGCUGCUGUGUGUUAUCUGAGAAGACAUUUUUUAAUAUUUGUAAAAAAGCAGAAAAUCAAUUUAUAUAAGGUAUUCCAUUGCCACAGAUGUGCUUAAAAUGAUUUUAGAGGAUGUUAAUGGCAUUUUACUCAUUUAUUUUUAUAAUUUUUCAAAAAGCAAAGCAAUAUAUACAUAACAAUUUUCACAUAUGCAAAACUACAAACCAAUAUUUUUUUGGUUACAGGCAAUAACUGUAAAAACGUAUUUAAUUAUUAUUUUUACAUUUACAUUAUUAAUGCAUUUGGCAGAUGCUUUUAUACAAAGCGACUAAGAGCACAUUGAAGCUAUACAAUCUCAAAAAUACUGGUUAUUUUCAACCUCAGCGUUGGGUCAAUAAGGAACAAACCCAAACCAUUGGGUCGUGUGUCACAAAAAAUUCGAUUAAUUUAUUUGUGUCCGUGGCAUGACUUUCUUUUUUGUGUCAUUUUUAUAUAGUUUUCUCUCUUUUUUUCCUAUUUUUAAAUCAUUGGUGCUUAGGGUUUGGGUCAGGAUGUCUAAAAAUGUAACAGAAAGUGAUUCUAAACCCAACUGCAAGUGACAAUGGUACGGAGCCCCUAAGGGGACAUGGAGCAAAAAUUAAAUAAAGUUUAGUUUUGCAUGCGCACUUGAAACUAUUGCGUGAGCCUCUCAAACUAUCACGUGCGCACCUGAAACUAUUGCGUUUAGUUUCACGUGCACACGAAACUGUUUUUAAUUUUGUGUACAUAUUUCCUGUAUUUUGGUAUUGAGUAAUAUGUUAAAGGAUUAGUCAAUUUUCUAAAAAAAAUCCAGAUAAUUUACUCACCACCAUGUCAUCCAAAAUGUUGAUGUCUUUCUUUGUUCAGUCGAGAAAAAAUUAUGUUUUUUGGGGGAAAACAUUCCAAGAUUUUUCUCAAUUUAAUGGACUUUAAUGGACCCCAAAACUUAACAGUUUUAAUGCAGUUUAAAAUUGUAGUUUCAAAGGACUCUAAAUGAUCCCAAACGAGGCAUAAGGGUCUUAUCUAGCAAAAAGAUUGUCAUUUUUGUCAAGAAUUAAAAUAAAAAAUUACAAAUAUGCACUUUUAAACCACAACUUGCGUCUUCCUCCACAACUUUGCGCCAGCGCGACCUCACGUAAUUACUAUCGCGUGCACACCUGAAACUAUCGAGUUUAGUUUUGCGUGCACACGUGAAACUAUCGCGUUUAGUUUCGCGUGCACACGUGAAACUAUCGCGUGUGCACGUGAAACUAUUGCGUGAGCACGUGAAACUUUCGCUUUCAUGUGCGCAUGCGAUAGUUUCAGGUGCGCACGUGAUAGUUUCAGGUGUGCAUGCGAUAGAUUCACGUGAGCAUGCAAAACUAAACUUUUUAAAAAAAUUUGCGUGAGCAAAUGAAAGUUUCACGAAAGCACAUGAAACUAAACUAGAUUUUUUUACUCCAAUGUCACCUUAGGGGCUCAGUACAAUGGUAAGAAAAUAAAAAUAAAAAAACAUAAAAUGACACGAAAAAGAACACGACUUUCUGAUUUUAACCUAUGCUGGGUUGUUGAAUAAAAUAUAAUCAUUUUCGGGGUUAAUAUAACCCAACAGCUAGAUUUGUCCCUUUUUGAAAAUAACCCAGUGUUUUUUUUUAAAUGUACUUUAUAUACAUACCCUGGGAUCAAACCUAUGACCUUGCUAUACCAAUUGAUCUACAGGAACACGAAAAUAUCUGACAAAUACUACAAUCUAACAAGAUGCAUACUUUCCACCACAGUGUUUAUUAUACAAACAGUGAUUUAUUAUAGUGCUUCUUAAUAUACUAAUUUAUCACAGUGUUCCCUAAUUUACUAUAAUAUACUGAUACUAAUCUCACUAAUAUGCUCAACAAAACCGAUAUGCAAACACAUCUCCCGGUAGCAAAGCAAAUAUUCAUGAAGGACGGCCGCUAGCAUGGUUUCCUUCAGUUUUAAUCUGUUAGAUGUCACAUAAAAAGCGUGCACUUAAUCAAGGCCGCUUCUGCUGCCCAGAAAGCAUUCUGUAAAUAAACACAGUGCAGUAAUGUGGAAAAAGAGAAGUCUUCCGCACAAAACGGUCUAUUGCACCCUCUAGCUGAUGAGACGUCCACCAUCCCACUGCAACAACAGAGAUGACGGGGGAGCAAUUACUGCUCACCGCUGAAAUCUCCAUCACGUUUAUGUUAAUUCGGUAGACGCCGUCCGCUUUAAAAAUGAGGUAGAAACACAGACAAAGAGAGAUAUGAGGUAUUAUACACUACAAGAGGGGUUGUUACAGUUAAGAAUAGAAUAGUAAAUCUUAUGGGAAGAUUCAUCUUCUGUUAAAAAUAUUAGUCAUAAUAAACCAGGGGUCCGAGGACCUCCAGGGGUCCCCCAUAAUGUUUUGGGGUCCCUGGAAAUAAAUACAAAGACAAAAAUUUUGAAAGUCUACAGUGUAGCCAAUUAUUUUAUCUUAAUAAUAUCCAGAUUACUAUUUAUCUAACACAGUUUAAAUCACUCUUUAUACAAGCAUAUAUAAAUAUAAACAGUACUGUGCAAAAGUUAAAGGAUUAGUCCAUUUUCUUAAAAAACAUCCAGAUAAUUUACUCACCACCAUGUUAUCCAAAAUGUUGAUGUCUUUCUUUGUUCAGUCGAAAAGAAAUUUAGUUUUUUGAGGAAAACAUUCCAGGAUUUUUCUCAUUUUAAUGGA